ACGAGAGAAAAUUAUGUGCAACUGCAAGUGUAACUGCAAGUGUAAGUGCAACUGUAAGUGAAAUUCCUCCGUUCGGAGUUGCCGAAAGGGUUGCUUAAUUGCCUGAACGGUUGCAUGAAAUUGGGUUACCAUAUUUUGUUAUUUAUCAAAGCUUUGGCGACGGUUAGAAUUUUAUUUUAUUAUUCUCGUUUCUCUUCUAAUAUUUACACGUAUGACUAUUUUUUAAUUAGUUAUUACCAGAAUUAUACCAGAAUCCUGUAAUAUUGAUAUCAACGAUGGAAAAUAAAACAGCAAAUGCAGCUAUUGUUUCUUUAAUUAUUCACGGUUUAAUUAAGAGAAAGAAAGAACGAAAAACAUUUUGGUCAAAAAAAUGGCUACUCAGAAGAGCACAACUUGGAUGUUAUGAAAAUCUUAUGAGGGAAUUAGCAUUUGAAGAUGCAGAAGGCUAUCGUCGUUUCCUCAGAAUGGACACAGAAACAUUUGAAAUUUUGUUACAAAAAGUUGAGCCCCUUAUAGUGAAACAAAGUACUGUCAUGAGGAUAGCUAUCCCUGCAGCAGAACGAUUAGCGAUAACAUUAAGGUAUUUGACCACAGGAGAAACGCAAUCUUCUAUAGCUUUCAAUUUUCGUGUAGCGCAAAAUACGAUAUCGGGUAAAAUUCCCACAGUGUGCACGGCUAUUACAGAUGCUUUAAAGGAUGAUAACAUGAAACUUCUUCAUUAA